AUGUCGCAGAGCGGACAGACCUGCCGUAAAGCGUUCCAACACAAGUCGUCGGCGAAGAAGAAGGGCAAGGCUAGCAAGGCCGACAGGGAGAAGGCCCAGAAGGAGGAGCAGAAGAGGAGGCAGAAGGAAGAGGAGGAGGAGCGACUCCGCAAGGAGCAGGAGGAGCGGGAGAGGCUGGAGAGGGAGCGGCUGGAGCGGGAGAAGCAGCAGAUGCUCGAGGAGAAGGACAGGGGCCGCAGAUCUGACGAGCUGGAGGAAGUGAGGCGCAUGCUGGAGGAUAACCUGACUGCUGUGAAUAAAUGGGAAGCGGAGGUCAGGGAGAGGGCGAAGUGGGCGCGCUACAUGCGUUGUGAUGGGACUCCGAACCCAUCGAUAGCACAGGAGAUCAACACCUUCAUCAAUCUGUGGAGGGAGGAUACUGAGGUCCAGAUUGGUCCAGUUCUGGAGGACAACGCCCUGGCCCUGCAGCUCAUAGAGGAGCUGGAGUCCAUAAUUAAUAACAGAGGUGACUCUGAGCAGAACAGGAGAGAGACAGAGCAGGACAAAGAGACCCUUCGGUCUCUACAGAAUCUCAUUCAUUGCAAACUCCACCUUGCCUCGGAGGAGAUGCUGAAGUGGUCAAACGCUCAUGCUGAUGCGGAGACCGGGAACAUGCACAAAGUGAUCCAGGACAAGAACGUCACUCUGUGUCUCUGGGCCAACCUCAGCAAAAACUCCAGGUUGAAGGAGUUCUGCUUCGAGGAGGUGGGCCUGGCAUUCGAGGUGCCGAAGCAGCUGGCCGUGAGCGACGUCGCCGUGCGGAUCCUGCACACGCACUAUGACCACCUGUCCAGCCUGAGCUGGGAGGUGCAGUCCCGCAGGCGGGAGUCAGCUGCCAAGGCGGAGGAGGCACCCCUGGUGGCCGAAAAGGAGCAGGAGGAGCAGGGAGACGAAGAAAGCAAGGAGGACGGGCAGCGUGGAGAGGAGGAUGUAAGGCCGGUCAAAUCAGCUGGCAGUAAGAGUGCUAUCAGUGUGUCCUCUGAGAAGGAGGAGAAGAAGAGCACACCACUGCAAGAGGCAGAGAAGGGAGAGAACGGCGGGGAGAACCUGAUGGAGGAAGCAGGUGCGGCAGACCCCGUCCCCUCUGCUCCAGAGCCCGUGACCGACACUCUCGAUGCGGACAUUGUCGACUUGCGUCAGUACAUGCCCCUGGGCGGUGUUUUUUAUUUCGACGUGUUCUGGCUGCCACCCCAAUCCAAGCUGGUCAGCGGAUGGGAAAUGAGAGAGCUAAAAGGCUCAGGACUCCAGCCCUUCCCCUAUCCCGCUCAGCCCCAGACCCAAAACACCACUUCUGGGAAAGAGGACACCUCCGCACCAAUAGGGGUCUCCAUAAAAGUGCCUGACUCAGUUGUGUUCCUGGAGGACCCCCUGGUGGCACGAUGGGAUCCUACAGUUCUCCAAUGGAGGACAGACUGUAUCACAGACACCACUUAUGAUGCCGCCACCAAAACGGUGUCCUUCAAGACUUCUGCGUUCCACACCUUCGCUCUCCUGCAGGACGCUCAUGCAAACAUGCCCUUCCAGUCCUGGGAACUGCGACCACUGGGCCUGAACUCUGCCCAGCUGACCAUUACCGCAGCGGUGUCUGAAGUCAGCAUCAUAAUCAAGGACAACCAGUGCAUGCUGACCUCUGAUGCAGGAAGUGUGCUGAGCCAUGUGGCGAGGAAGUGGAUGAGCCCCUCUUCCCUUCAGAAAGCCCUGAGCAGCGCAGGGGUCAAUCUAUUUGUGAACGAAUACUCAUCCAAAUAUGUCAGCAUCACUGCCAAGGACCCCCUGACAGAGCAGGCCAUGUAUGAACAGAUGGCCCUGGUGGCCUCGACCUUUGCCUUCUCCUGGAGCCAGUGGAACAGUCAGUGUGGACAGGAGCACCUGGUACUUCAGGCAUGUCAGCACCUGGAGGCGGGGCCUGUGCCGGAGGGGGCGUGGCGUCUGUUCCUGCUGGGUGCUCAGAGGUUCAUGUGUCUGGAGAUGAAGGAGCGCAGCGAAAGCUUCUCCCCCAGGCUGGCCGAGGACAGCGAGUUCCACUCCACCUUCCUACACAUGCUCAAGGACUACAUGAGCCCCGCCGGGUGGAGCAGGGCGCAGGAGUCGCACCACCUCUUCGUCGACUGCGUUUACAAGCUGCUGUGCGCCACGCGGGUGCUCACCUACUCCUGAGCACAGCGCACCAACCA